AUGCCCUCAAAUCUCCCUUCAAGUUUCGCCUCAGCAGCAGCUGGUCAGAACUCAAGCCGUGAUACAAGAUCAGGUGCUCGAAGUGAUGGUCGAGGGAAUAAUACUAGCGGGGAAUGGACGAUCAACCAACGGUGGCACUCUAACUUUCCGUCGAAUAUCAACUACGCCCUCGAGCCAGUCGCUCAUAGCCAGAUGCAAAAUUCCGAAACCAUUCAGUCAGCCUCUGCUGACCCUGCCGUUAUUUCUGCCAUGCCGGUUGGCUCUACCAAUUUCGACAACUCGGGCACUCUUAGAUACUCGCGAGACCAGCUCCUCUCUAUUUUCAGCGUCGUCCACGAGUCCAAUCCUCAACGACCCGAUGUCUCGGCUCUUUUCGCGCCCGGAUGGACCCCGGGACAUAUUAAUGGUACGACAUCUCGAGGCUGGGGUAAGACUGCUGAGUCCCACGUCGCCCCUCAGGAGCCAGAUAUCUGUUGGGAUGCACCAGGAUCGACAACAGCUGUCGGCUUGCAGGAGAUGAGCCCGGACGAGAAAGAAUUGUUUGCGUCCGACGUAAAUUCUACUGUAAAGCCCCCGGCUCAAAAUAAGGAUGGGACUCACCCGGGAGGAGGGGUAAACGGUCGGAAGGCUUCCCUUUCUCACGGAAGUACAAAUAAUUUCGGACUCGCCUCACCUUCUACUACGUCGAGACCUGGCACAAGACGACGUGAAACUACCGAUACGAAUCCAUAUUCCGGUGGCGGUGGCUUAACUUCUCCGACAUCCGCAACGCGCCCAUCUCGGGAUGAAGCGUCAUUCUGGUUUGGCCGAAAGAAUGUGGACUCGAAGGAUUCAACUUUUGAGGAGCCUGAAGAGGAUACUAGUGCGAGAGAGGCUCCUGCUAAAUCUCUGCCUUUUGGUAAUCUAAUACGUAACAACACGACUCCGGGUAGCUCAGGUUUUGGAGGAGUAUCUCCCUGGCAGACGUCGGCCCCGACCACCUUGCCUGGCAUAGGUAGUUUCGGGAAUUUCGCGCUUCCCGGAUCUACAAUUGGGGAGAAGCGAGUUGGAAAUCCUCGUGGCGAAAGCCGCUUAGCGCACUUGAUUCCUAAGGAAAGCUCCGAUAGUAUUGGUACUAAAGUAGGUGAAGGUGCUACUCCGGAUGCCAACCGUCUUUGGCGCCCACGCCAGCGCACCGAUACGGACCCUUUCGGCGAAGACAGCGUCUCGGGGAGUGCUAUUCUAGGAGGCGCUCAAGAUACGAGUCCUCCACCAAUGUCUCAUCCACCUCUCCAUACCUCGUACGAUACACCGGUGAAAGGAUCUACUAGUGAUUUCGGAAUGUCUAGUCUCAACUUGGGGGGACACCCGGAACAUGAACAGGCACCUUUAAGUCCGUCGGAAACGAAUCCUUAUAGGAGCCCCCCCGGCGAACGAAAUGAGCACGAGGACGUGGGGGACAGACAGCACGGCCCAACUGGUAUCACCGACCAUGUCUCAGGCUACGGCGGGGGUCUACCACGCUCGUUUGCCCAUGCUACGUUUGAUGGUAGCGAUCGUAGCCAGACAUCCAGCGUUGGUGCGAAGGCCUACCCGCCGUUGAGUAAUCUGACUAGUUGGCCAUCUUCGAGUACGCCAGACCGCGAGCGUGCUCCCUUCACAGGCUUUGGCGGCUCGCUUUUCGGCACUGUUGGAGACUUGCAGUCCCCAAGCCUCGGUAAUCUAGGCGGCGUGUUUGGUGCCGCAAGCACGACUGGCUUUGGUGGUUCCGGAUCUUUUGGUCGAGCAAGCAAGCUCGGUUCUCUAUUUCCUCCAGCUAUGCAGGCGCAGAUGCAAAGCCAGGACAAUGAAAGCCUUAGCGACUCGAUACCGGACCUUCGUCAGCCUAAUCCAUUAGGUGCUAUCGGCCGUACUGCCCCCGGCGAUCAUGGCCGCGAAACUGAUAGCCCUAUGCGAACCGGUAGGGGAAUCUUUGCCGACAUGUUUGCUCAGGCCGAGACUAGUCGCACGCCAGUCAAUUCUGAAAGUCUGCAUGGUAUCUCGGCUGCUCCUCAUAGCCAGAAUUUUACGGCGACUAGCAAUGUACCAUCCUAUGCCGCCAGCCAGACGUCCGAACCUCCCUCUGUCCAAUCUCGCACUAUGGUUAUGCCCGAUCGUAUGAGAUGGGUUUAUCUAGAUCCGCAAGGUCAGCAACAGGGUCCAUUUACAGGGUUGGAGAUGAACGACUGGUAUAAGGCCAAUUUCUUCACGCCUGAUCUCCGUGUUAAAAAACUAGAGGAUUCGGAAUUCGAGCCUCUGGGCCAAUUGAUUAGGCGUAUUGGCAACUCUCGCGAGCCAUUUCUUGUUCCUCAGAUCGGUAUACCUCAUGGUCCGCCAUCUCAGACUGGUCCUUUCUCUAACUCGGGUGGCGUGAUACAGCCGCCUCUCGUUAAUGCCUUUCCUAGUUUUGGUAGGACCUUGACAGCAAAAGCAGAACAAUCUCGAGAGACGCAAACAAGAAGAGCAAUAUUUGAUGGCUCGCCAUCGUGA